AAGGGAAGCAGCAGUAGCUGCCGAGAGGCUGGUGUGGGAAGGGAUACGCUCGCGGCCUAGUCACAGCCUGAAGCACAUUGUUCUUCCUCUGACACAGACCCCUCUCUCUUCAGCCUCUCCCUGAGGCAAAGACGUCGAUUAGAUAGAGGAGGCGAAGGGGAUGUAUGUGGAUGUGUGUGUGAGAGAGUUUGUUGCCUUAUGGGAAGUUGAAACAAGCAAGGAAGGAAAAGCAGUUUAUUUGGCGAGGAUCGGAACCAACCUCGUGCCGGAACAUCAGCAUCCAAGGUACUGAGUGACGUUAUGGGAUGACCAUAAAGAUACGAAUGAGAUAAACAGAGGUACUAACAAACCACGCGUAUGACCAAAGAAAAAGAAGAAGAAGAAGAAGAAGAAGAAGAAAGAAGAGGGAAGGAAGGGAGAAAGAAACUAAAAGAUAUGUCCACCAAAUGAGGAAAGUAAUCCAGCUGACAAUAAUGUGACACAAUAGGAAGAAGAAAACAAAGGGGGCACAAAAACAAAUAAAAAAAAGAGAGAAAGAAAAAGUAGAUAGAGUGAGAGACGAGGAGAGUGACAGACGGAGUUAUAAGAAGGAAAAAGAGGAUAAUACGCAGAAAAAAAAAACGAAGAAAGAAGAGGAAGAGGAGGAAAGGAGGAAGGCAACCACGCUGUUCCUUCCUCUUUCGUCACACCAAACUGGCAGCUCGAGAUGACCUUAUGACCAGAGAUUCCGGCCUGGAGGCGGGCUGGGCGGCGGCAGGUUGUGGGCGGGGCAGACUGCACUGGGCGUGGCGGCGCGGCGUGGGCGUGUGCCUGGUAAUGGUGGCCGCCUCAUUCUGUUUCUUCCUCGUCUCGUCACCCCACCGCGCAAGGCUUUCGUUUUUCAUUCACAGUCUGCCGGAGUACAACGACUUCUUGAUGCCUUCCAACACCUCAGUGCCACUAUCACCCUCGUCACCCCAAGCCUCACCCGGGACCUUCCACCAGUCCACCGGCGUCACCAAGGGGUUCCUGGUGCACUCCCCGAGCUGCUCCAUCCCUGACCUGGACCCCAUGCACUACACUGUCAAGCGCUUCGUCUCCAAACCCAAGCCGAUAAUAUGCGGCAAGCCCCCAGCCUUCACGUCUGCUCGCGGCUCCACACUUUAUCUCCACCGGGACAUUCUGCGCUUGCAUUUCACUGCCCUCGAGAGAAUCUACAAGACCAAACUAACCACCGAGAAGACGAAGACUGCACCCUCCGCAAAGCCCAAGCCCACAACCACUACUAGACCAAAAACCAACACUGAUGCGACAGUUAUGCCUGCGGGUACAAAAGCCUCUAAAACAACAAUCCUGAAACCACGAACUACCUCGCCCACCACAGCAGCCACACUUAUCACCACCACCACCACCACUGCCACUACUUCGCUUGCAAGCACUCCAUCUAAAAGCCAGGAUCCAUCGCCUUCACCACCACCACCACCACCACCAUCACCACCACCGUCCGCGCCGCCUAAGAAUACUAAAAAGAGUGCAGAGGUCAAGAUCACCCCAGAGGAUGUGAAGUGCUGCUACAAGGAAAUCUACAGGGUGCAGCAGAAGAGGAAGAACGCUGGCGGCAAUGCUGACAAUCGCUGGAGGUACAACAACACAUGCAAGGCAAUCAACGACACAGAGAUGGAGAUUGGGGAAGAGGCGGCGCUGGUGGAGUGUCGCAUUGGCACAGUCGUCGUGUACAAAAACGUCCAUUACUUCUUCCACAAGAAAAAUUUUCUGUCCGCAUCGCGAGUAAUCCUCUCUAUGAAUCUAAACGUCCAGGUCCCUUCCCCAUCCUCAGAGCCGCUAGUAGCCCAGGUCGCCAGUGAAGGCCCGUCACCGCAAGGAAAUAUCAAAACCAAUAAGACCACAGAGUUACAGCCUGCCCCGAAAACGGUACAGUCUGCCGGCAAUUCUUCUACUCCUAAGCCAACAUCCAAUGAAGUUCCAGCCAGCACCAAGCCCCCGGUCAUGUUACAUCGAGUAAAGGAUUCUGAGAAGCUGAAUGUCAUCAUCAUGGGAACAGACUCAGCGUCCCGCCUCAACAUGCUGCGUCAUCUCUCUAAGACCUAUGAGUACCUGACCAAGGAGCUCGGCGCAGUCGACCUUAAGGGAUACAACAAGGUGGGUGACAACACCUUCCCCAACCUCAUGCCCAUACUGGGUGGCAUGACUAUAAAAGAAGUUGACCAGGCCACCUGUGUGACCAAGAGCAAACACUACGACGACUGUCACUGGGUAUGGAAGGACUUCAAGAAGAGUAAAUACGUCACUGCAUACAUGGAGGACUCCCCUUGGAUGGGCAGCUUCCAUUACCUUCGGCGCGGCUUCAUUGAAAAACCCACCGACUUCUAUGGUCGCCCCUUUAUGAUGGCGUCGGAGAAGGAGAUUGGUGGCCCUGGAAACAGCAGAGGCCAUUUCUGCCAGGGCAACGUGCUGAGCAUCAAAGUGGUGCAGGAUUACGCUCUUGAGUUCGCGCGUACCUUCCACAGCACGCCUUUCUUCGGUUUCUUCUGGUCUUCGAGCCUGACACACGACCACCUUAAUCUGCUGGAACUCACCGACGAUCAUUACUUUCAAUACCUACAACAGAUGGAGAAGAUUGGCGCAUUAAACAACACGGCGCUCUUCUUUAUCAGCGAUCACGGCAUGCGCUGGGGCGGCAUCCGAUCCACCUACAUUGGCAUGCUGGAGGAGCGGCUUCCCUACGUGGUCUUGUACCUCCCUCCAUGGUUCAGGAAGAAAUACCACCAAGCAUACGAACACCUUGCUAGCAACACACAUCGCCUCACCUCAAAUUUUGACGUCUAUGAAACCUUAUUGGACCUUGCAUAUGGCCGCUUCGCUGACCCCGCCUACGUGACCUCUACACCUUCCAGGACCAAGCGAGGGACCAGUCUCUUCAGGAACAUACCUUGGAACAGGUCGUGUGUGGAGGCCAACAUCCCCACGCACUUCUGCUCCUGUCAGGACACCCAUGAACUGACGGAAGAGGACCCGUACCUGGUGCCAGCCGCCGACCGCUUCCUGGACAUGAUCAACGAUCAGCUCCUGCCGUACUCUCAGUGUGAGCAGUUUACGAAGAUCAAGGUGAUGUCGGCGCGCGUGUCGAUCCCCAAUAAAGAGCUGAAGCCCAAGGAGGAAAAGAGUGAGGUGAGGACCUACCUGUUGCAGGCAGCCCUCCUCCCCGGGAACGUGAUAGUGGAGGUGUCCAUGCGUCACACCAACCAUGACGACUCCUUCCAGAUGCUGGGGAACGCGUCGCGGAUCAACAAGUACGGCAGCACCAGCGCCUGCAUCCAAGAUGACACGCUGAGGAAAUACUGUUACUGCAAGGACCAGAAGCGCGCCAAGCAGCUGUACAACCAGCACUACAAGGAACAGCUAGGGACUGAGGUGGGGAACAACACGAGGGCGCGGGCGUGAGGACACCCGCGUCAAUUUGCUACCAUGAAUCGUCACAAGUUGAUGGAGACUGAAUCACACACACACACACACACACACACACACACACACACACGAGCGCGUGUACGUGAGCGCAGUGCUGUGGAAAACAUGUGAUUGACUAAAGAAUAAUUUUUGCGUAUUGUAUAAUUAUCUAGGUUUAGAUAACUUAGUGUAUUCAGAUGAAACAAGACGCUGACAGCUUUUGUGUAAGUCUCGUCUCGUUGAGUCACUGUGAAGGAGCAAAAGUGAGCGUUGUGACAGCAGUGGCCACAUCCCCAGGCGGGGAUGUGGCGCUACUCACGUCGUGCCGCGGCAACUCAGUGGGGCAGACCUUGCCAAGUGGACUCAGCUCUGCUAAGGUACUUGUCUACAGGCGGCGAAGGACACGUGCUCCACUGGUUUCUGUAUAUUUAUUGGUACGCAAUAUUGUAAAGGAAGUAUAGAUCGAGUGUGUGUGUGUGUGUGUGUGUGUGUGUGUGACGCUGUUAUGAAGCUGACGGUUGUCCUGACAGUGAAGACGCCUUUGUCGAUAAGUAUUUUAGAAAUGUGUGAAUGACAUCAUGAUGUAAAUGUGCUUUGUUUGUGUAAGAUUUUAUGUUUUAUUUAUUCAUCUUUUACUUAUGAGUGUUUUUUCAGAGUUUGUGGUGGGCAUUACUUGCGAAAGGUGAGCUUGCGCUUACCUUGAAAACUACAAUUCAUAUUGUGAUACCAUGUGACCUUUCUGUAAAGUAACCUAGGAGGCCUCGAUAGUGUGGCACAAGGAGGAAGUGUGGCAGAGCCUUGAAUUGCCAGAUUGUCGUUUUGUUGUUAUUUCUUUUUACAUAUAUUUGCAGCAGAAGCAAGAAAGGCAUAGUAAGUGAAGGAACAAAUGUACAGGCAAAGAGAACACAUUAUUGUAAUCAAAACCUACAUUUUUCAUAUACAAGCCGUGGGCCACUUGUGGUCUUGCUUCGGUAAACAAUCUCCGCGUCUCUAGCCUCAUGUAUGGACACUCUCCGUAAUGUCGCUCACUCCCGUCUGAUUGUCACCUGCCUACCUUGACAAGACUCGUCCGAGACGUAGCCACAAGAUCACAAUAACAAAUAACAAGAUUUUUUUUUCGGAAUGAAUAGUAUCAAAAGUACACAUGUGGCAUCAUUGGAGAGAAGAAGCGAUCUGGUGAAGCGUUUCGAAUCAGUGGUCGAGGCAGGAAGGUUUCCUUACAUCAAUAAUUAUUAAUAACAAGGAGACGCUGGAAGUGUGGUACUGAUUAUGUUGCCUAUGAUCCCUUGUUUCCUCGCACAUGUACCGGCGAGGUGAAAACUGUACCUUAAUUUGAACAGUUCCAGAUAUGCCUUAUGUGACUGCAGGUAAUUCACGAUGACUCAAGUCCCGGUUAGAGCACGGCCUCCCGUUUUCUAUGAACUCGAAUUCAAGUGCAUUAUGGGAAGGAGCAGUGCGAGUCAGUGAGGCUGAGGAUUGGGGAAGCUUGAGUGUGUUUUAGUGGUGUACGGUAUAUAGUUGCAAUUUCUUGCGUGUGUGAGCCUGUGUUGAUGAGCCUCCGAUGAUAUGAACCUGGCGUGACGGAGCGCUCGUGGAAAAGGUGUGAUGUAAAGCAGGAUGGAGAGAGGAAGAGGAGGUUAUGGUUUAUAGGAAGUAUUGACAGUACGGGAGAUGAACGUUGGCUGUGUCAAGAAGGGAUGAUACGAGCACUAAGAGGGGACAAGAGGCCAGUGUGUUAUUUAUUUAUGUGAAAGAAAUAUUUUGUACGCGUUGCGGCAAUAAAAAGUGAACGCCA